AUGCUCAAGAAGGUGGAUCCGACGAAUGAAGUUUUAGUGUCAUAUUUGCAAUCCAUUGACACAACUGUCGUUACAGGGGUGUUACAUGAAGAAGAGAAGAAAAAGCCUAAGAAAUCGAAGAAGACAGAUGGUGGGUCUUCGGAAAAAGUGGUGAAGGCAGAAAAGAAGAAGAAAAUUCCAGUGGUUACAGUUGAUACUGUCGAAGAGAGAAAGUCUCAGGUGGUGAAGAAAACACAAGUCACACAUCAAGGGGUCACAGUUCGGGAAAUUCCAGCUCCGGUGUCUCCAUCAUCUAAGAAACGAAGGGUUGAAGAUCUUGCAAAACUUUUGAAGACGAAUCAAAGACUUGAAGAAGUCGAGCAAGUUCCUGAGACACCAGAGAUUAAACUUCAAGAAGAAGCGAAGACCAGUCCGCCUAUUGGUCUAUCGAAGGUUGUUGUUUCGAAGCCUCUUGAAAUAAGUUCACUACCCCAGGUUACAUCCACAACUGAUUCUCCUACAUUUCAAUUUAUUAUGGAUCAACCAUUCACCACCAUAUUCUCAACUCAAUCAACUGAUCCACCCCAUCCAUCCUCACCUAUUGAUGAAACCGUGGCUGCUGAUGUUGAAACCGAUAACAAAGGCUUUGGAGGAACGUUCGAAGCUCUUCAUUUUGAUCAAGUCGAAGAAGAUUUUCCUGACCACAUGUUGAUGACCAUGAAGCAGUUUAAGAUUUGGAAUUCGAAAUUGAAUUCUAUCUUGCAAUCCCAAGCAGAUGUGGGCAAUGGUGGAGUUACAAGUAUGGAAGUUGAUUCAUUAAUGAAGAGAAUCGAAUCAAUUCUCUGA